AAAUACAUAUCGCGUAGAAAAAAUAUAAACAAAACGCUUCUAAACAAACAAAAAAUGAGUUCUCCGACGAGUAAACAUAUUAGCGAAACAAACAAUAAUAGCAACAAACCAAAAAAGUCUACCAAAACUAAUUCCACUGCCAAGGGCGGCACCGUGGAUUCGCGUGGGGAGUUGGCAGACCUCAUCAAGAAGAAAGCUGAGACUUCGGAACAAUUGGCCAAUCUAGAGCGUCAGAUUUAUGCAUUCGAGGGCUCUUACCUAGAGGACACACAAUUGUGCGGCAACAUUAUACGCGGCUGGGAACGCUACCUGACCUCUAACAAGGCCACAAACUCGAAGGCCGACAAGCGCAAUCGUAAAUUCAAAGACGCUGAGCGAUUGUUCUCGAAAUCUAGCAUUACCUCAAUGGCUAUAUGCAAUCCCGAGCGUGCAAGCGAAUCCGAUUCCAUAACGAAUGAAGACUCCAGCGAUAAUCAGAUCUCAAUCAACCAAAACACAACGACCGCACACGAUGGAGCUACAUCAAUUAAAUCGCAGGAUGAAAAGGACUCGCCACAUCGAAACGAUUCGGUUAGCGUUGCAGGCGCUGCUAGCAACAAAGACCCCGGCACACCCACCUCCAACACAAAAAGCAAAUUGAGCUCCAGCUCGAGUGCGACGGCCAAGAAGAGUGGACACAUCAACAAGAAAAUACGGCAUCGAUAAUAGAAUUCGUCCCUAAUCUCUAGGAAUUUUAAUCGUUUAUCGAGUUAAUCGUGUUUUUAACGUUGCACUUGUUAAUGAAUGAAAUGUAAUGAUUUAA